CACUAGCUUGGCCUGGCCUGGUUUACCCGCCGCCGCCUCCUGUUUCUCCUCUGCGCGUCGGUGAGCGAAAGCGAGGCGCGGCUAGCCAGCCAGUCCCAGACAGAGCGGGAGAGCCGGUCGGAGAGACAGUCCUUGUGGCGCUCGCCUCACUUUUUGCGCCGAGCGGGGGUGGGCGGGCUCCUACUCUUCAGACUCUGCUGCUUGCAGCCGCUGCGAGACACGCCUGGAGAGAGCGAGAGGGAGGGCACUAUGCCGCUGCUCCUCCCUCCCGCUCUCCUCUCCCCUUCCCUUCCUUCCAGCCGCUCCACAAACCAGGAACCAUCCCUAGCAGAAGCCCGCUGAAUACAUGUGUGUGUGUGUGUGCGAGAGAGAGAGAGAGAGAGCACUGAGAAGCAAAAUCGGGGAGGAGGAGUGAGGAAAAGCAGCAGCGGCAGCGACGGCAGAAGAAGGAAGGUGAAGAGGGAAGGACACACGCGCAGAGGAGGCUGCCCAGAAGAGACCGGGAGGGGGGGAGCAGAAAAAAAGUUUACACCCUCUGAAGCUGCUCUCGCUUUCUCCCACCCACCUCUUCCCGCGUCGGCGCAGCUGGGAGUUUUACCUGGAAUGACAUAAGUUCCCCCCUCCCAAAAAUAUUUGGGUAGGGUGUCUCCCAUUUUUUAAAAAAAAAUUAAAUGAAAUCUGCUGGAUCCAACGGUCCCUGCCCUCCCCCUUCUGUCCUCCAGCAACGGUCGGCAAUGUGACGGAACGGGGCAAACAUUUUCUCCAGAUCGCCUGGCUUAGAGAAGGAGUGAGAGACAGAGAGCUGUCACCGAGGAGGUGAUCCGAGUGGACUUGACUGUUUCCAGCGACGCGGCCCCGAGAGAGCCUGGAACUAUCCGCUCGCUGCUGCUGUUGCGGCUGCCCGGGACUUGCCUGUGAGACGGCGGCAACCCCUCGCGCUCUGCUGCCAGGAUUUAACCCCGAACCGCCUCCCGAGGUUGGAUCCGCCGCCGCCGCCUUCGUUGCCAUUCGUUCCUAGUCAGCCGUGGUCUGACCGGACGCUUUUUUUUUUUUUUUGGUUGGUUGGUUGGUUGGUUUGAGGGUCUUGCCUCCUCCGGCCAUUGCACGUCGUUGGGAGGGAAAAUGAAGGAGGAAGUUGAAUGAAGUGGUGCAAAACUGAUAAAUACAUGCCAUGAUUUGCCACAAGCAGCUUCAUUUAUGGAGACCAAAGGUUAUCACAGUUACCCAGAAAGCCUAGAUAUGGAGAGACGUUGGAGUCAAGGUUCCCAGUCUAUGGAAUAUACUUCUUCAGGAGAACAGGCUGAAGAAAGUAAUAACUAUAUGGAGAUUGUAAAUGUGAGCUGUGUUUCUGGUGCUUUUCCAAAUAGCAGUGCUCAAGGAAGCAACAAAGAAAAACCUGAACUACUCUCUUGCCUUCAGCAAGACCAUCAUCAGCCUGGUAUUUUAACCUCUGACAUAAAAACUGAGUCAGACUCAAAGGAACUUUCUGCAACUGUAGCUGAAUCAAUGGGUUUGUACAUGGAUUCUGUAAGAGAUGCUGAUUUUACCUAUGAUCAGCAAAGUCAACAAGGAAACGCAAAUCCUGGAAAGAUGUAUCAAAAUGUUGAGCAACUGGUAAAACUAUACAAGGAGAAUGGCCAUCGCACCUCUCCUCUGAACACCUCAAACAGGCCCCUGAGACCUCUAAUAUCAGACACUGCAUGCUCUGUGAAUGGUGGCAUCAUUCCAGUGAUUGUCAAAAGCCCCAGAGUGUGUCAAGAGAAGAGUCCUUCAGACUGUAGUCCACAAAGCAUGAUUUCUCCAGUGUGCAGCCCUCCUGGAAUUAAUUCUGUAUCUUCAACUACGCCUACUAACUUUGGAAACUUCACCGUAAAUAGUCCACUAAACCAGGGAACACCUUUGUCAUGCUCUCCCAACAUUGAGAACAGAGGCUCAAUGUUGCACAGUCCUGCCCAUGCUAGUAAUGUGGGUUCUCCUCUUUCCAGUCCAAUUAGUAGUAUGAAAUCUCCAAUUUCAAGUCCUCCUAGUCACUGUAGUGUGAAAUCGCCAGUUUCAAGUCCUAAUAACAUCACUAUGAAAUCUUCGGUGUCCAGCCCUGCAAAUAUGAACUCCAGGUGCUCUAUUGCCAGCCCUUCUAAUGCCAAUAAUAGAUCUUCUCUUUCUAGUCCAGCUGUUAGUACUGUAGGUGCCUCUAUGUGUAGUCCAGUAAAUGGUGCAUUAGCUUUUCCUGCAUCUAGUACACCUGUUGGACCUGUCACAGGCCAAGAUAUUGUUCCUAGUCCAGAUACAAAAGAUAAAGGUGCUUCAGAAAUCAUAUUUCCUAAAAUAGAGGAAAUGGAAAAUGCCAUCUCUAACAAUGAAGUGACUAAUCAAAUGAAUCUUGUUCAGUUUAUAAAACCUGAACCAGAAGGGGUAUUCAGUAGCUCAUGUCUUGGAGACAAUAGCAAAAUCAGUUCUGAUUCCCCAUUUUCAGUAUCAGUAAAGCAUGAAACAGCUAAACAUUCUUGUUCUGGUGCUUCUUUCAAAGGGAAUCAAACUGUAAAUCCAUUUCCAUUUAUGGAUGGAUCAUAUUUUACUUUUAUGGAUGAUAAAGACUACUACUCGCUUUCUGGGAUUUUAGGACCACCUGUUUCAUCAUUUGAUGGCACAUGUGAAAGUACUGGGUUUCCAAAUCCAGGCCUCCCUGGAAGAAUUAAACAGGAGCAUGAAGACAGUAGCUAUUAUCAAGAGAACACUCUGCCAUCUUCAGCUAUUGUUGGCGUGAAUUCAGGUGGACAAUCAUUUCACUAUAGGAUUGGCGCUCAAGGCAGAAUAUCUUUAUCACGACCUGUUGGUAGAGAGCAGUCUUUUCAGCAUAUUAGUUCUUUUGCUCCAGUAAGUACACUAGUGGAAUCAUGGAAACAGCAUGCAGACAUGUCUGCCAGAAGAAAUGAUGGGUAUCCAGUUCUAGAAUACAUUCCAGAAAAUGUAUCAAGUUACCUCUCAAUUGAUAAAUGCCCAUUUCUUCAAAUUUCUUUGGUCUCCUCAUUAAGAAGUGUAUCGUCUGGAUCCUCAAGACCUUCCAAAGUAUGUUUGGUGUGUGGAGAUGAAGCAUCUGGAUGCCAUUAUGGAGUAGUUACUUGCGGCAGCUGUAAAGUAUUCUUCAAGAGAGCAGUGGAAGGUAAAUCUUCAUGGCAGCACAAUUAUUUAUGUGCAGGACGAAAUGACUGUAUAAUUGAUAAGAUUCGGAGGAAAAACUGCCCAGCUUGCCGGUUACAGAAAUGUCUUCAAGCUGGAAUGAAUUUGGGAGCUCGAAAGUCAAAGAAGUUGGGCAAGUUAAAAGGGAUGCAUGAAGACACACAGCAGCAAGCACAGCAGCCUCCUCCUCAGAGUCCAGAAGAAGGGACUACAUAUAUUGCUCCAGCUAAAGAGCCAUCUGUAAACACAGCACUUGUCCCUCACCUGUCUGCAGUUUCAGCAACACUUACUCCCUCACCUGCUAUGGUCCUAGAGAACAUUGAACCUGAAAUUGUAUAUGCAGGAUAUGAUAGCUCGAAGCCAGAUACAGCAGAGCACUUGCUAUCCACUUUAAACCGUCUUGCUGGCAAGCAGAUGAUUCAGGUGGUUAAAUGGGCAAAAAUACUUCCAGGCUUUAGAAACUUGCCUCUUGAGGACCAAAUUACUCUAAUCCAGUAUUCUUGGAUGUGUCUAUCAUCAUUUGCCUUGAGCUGGAGAUCGUACAGACAUACAAACAGCCAGUUCCUGUAUUUUGCUCCUGACUUAGUAUUUAAUGAAGAGAGGAUGCGCCAAUCGGCAAUGUUUGAACUGUGCCAGGGGAUGCACCAGAUCAGCCUUCAAUUUGUUCGCUUGCAGCUUAGUUUUGAAGAAUACACCAUUAUGAAAGUAUUGCUGCUGUUAAGCACAGUUCCUAAGGAUGGCCUCAAAAGCCAAGCUGCAUUUGAAGAAAUGAGGGCAAAUUAUAUUAAAGAACUGAGAAAGAUGGUAACUAAACAUCCAAACAGUUCUGGGCAAAGCUGGCAGCGUUUUUACCAACUGACAAAACUCCUGGACUCCAUUCAUGAUCUUGUUAGUGAUUUGUUGGAAUUCUGUUUCUACACCUUCCGAGAGUCCCAAGCUCUGAAAGUGGAGUUUCCAGCUAUGCUGGUAGAAAUCAUCAGUGAUCAGUUGCCCAAGGUGGAAUCUGGAAAUGCCAAGCCCCUCUACUUCCACAGGAAGUGACAGAUGUCUUAAUGGAAAAAGAAAACUUUGCCUUAAGUUUCCCUGUGCUAUUCUACACCCACGAAGGACCUGAGAAACCACAUUUAAAAUAUACUAUACAAAAAUUGUUCAAAAGUCUUGACUAGUCUAAAAAAACCACAGGAAGGGUUUGGAGGCUGGAAAGAAGUUUAUGUGAACUUGACAAAGUAGUCAAGAUGGUUGAAGAACUAUUACCAUACUCCCAAUAUACCAACAUUUAGGGAAAAAAUAUGUUCCUGUUCCUCUGGAUGAAAAGCCAUAUCUAGUCAAAUAACUCUUUGAUUUUGAUAUUUUAAGAGAUGAACAUUUUAAAUAUGCCAUGUAGUUUCUGGUAUUGUUUGCUUGUUUCAAAAGGGUUCAAGGACUAAGAUGAACUUUUAAAAGCUUACCAUUGGUUUGCACAUAAAACACAGUCAAUAUGGGGCAUUAAUUCUUGUACUAUAUACACACAUACACAUACACACACAGAGAGAGAAAAACAACAACCCUGGAUGUGUAAAAUAAAUAAUGCAGCAUUUGGUGUGGAAUAAUCUUGGUAUCUCCACCUGCGGCAUUUGUUAUCCCAUAUUAUCCAUCAUAAGAUGAUCUACACUGUGUUAAGUGUUCAUUUAUUAUUUAACUUGAAAGGAUAAGAUGUUAAAACAAAUGCCUCUGUUUCAGUUUAUGGUAUCUAUUGUGCUGGCUUUACCAAUAAUUUUUCGCAGUCUUUUGCUGUACUGUACAUUGCUGUAUGUAUAAAUUGAAGGACCUGAAAAAAAUGGUAUAAGGAACUUUUGUAAAUGAGACCUAAAAAUCUUUAAUGGUUAAUAGGAUGAAUGGGAAAGUAUUUUUGGAAGAAUUCUAUUUUGCUGGAGACUAUUUAAUUACUCUUUUUUGUCUAAACACAAGGUAAUUUUUUUUGUAAAGUGAAUUGUUCUGCAUGCAUAAUGAACCGUUUACAGUGUAUUUAAGAAAGGGAAAGCUGUGCCUUUUAGCAUCAUAUCUAAUUUCCCAUCUGACAGUGUCUGUUGUAAAUAACCACCCGUAACCAUUUUCAGUUAUAUUUUCUCAUUCUUUUCUAUAUGUUUUCACCCAUGUACCUUCCUUUUCCUCAGCAUUUGUCUGCUGCUUUUCCAUGGCUUGAGCACACUAAGUUUUGCUUCAUGCCUUUCACUAGCUUUGCAGAUAAAUGCACAUUUCAUCUACCAAGAUAAGCUCCAAAGGGCACAAUCCUUCAAAAAGAUGUCCUGCACCAGUCCCAUCGAUGUGAACUAGGGUUGCCAACAGAUCAAAGAUCAGCUCACUUGGAUAAAAUGGCCACUUUAGAAGGUGCACUCUAUCUAGGGCAUUAUAAUACUCCAUUGAAGUCCCUCCCCUCCCCCAAACCCUGCUCUCCUCAGGCUCCACCUACAAAAUAUCCAGGUAUUUUCCAUACUGGAGCUGGCAACCCUAAUGUGAACAUAGCUGUCUAAGAGUACUGGCCUUCCAUCAUUUUAAGAGAGCUUUUGCAAGACAGCUUUUUCAUGGUCUGUGCCCAAAGUCUCCUGAAAGACUUGUCAGUUCCCAUAUGAAGUGAGGUUAUGCCUGCUGCUCUGAUGUACUCAAAGGCCAUAUUCCAGGGCACAGGCAAAUUUAGCCCAUGGAUUUCAGUGGGAAUGUUUUGGCACCUACUGCUAUGCUAGAUUGUGUCCAAAGAGAUAGAUAAAUAUAUAUAUUAAAUGCCAUCCCUUGCUUUCCUUUUUCAAUCUGGAAUGUAUGUAAAUUACAAAAAUUGAGAAAAUAAAUCCUAAUAUGAAAAAUUA